AUGAACAAAUAGGAUAAGCAAGAAGCAGUUACAUAUAUAGAAUGUUCUGACCAAGUAUGGACUGGAAUAAUUAUGAAGUUUCAAAAACCUUAUAAUAUGAAUAUCAGCAACCUAAAAAUACACAAAGGCAGCUUCCGAGCUACUGGACAAGAUAAUAUGGGUGAAUUCAACUUGAUUGGAGAAGAAAUAAUGGGAAAGAUAAAGUUUAAAUAGACUUAUACUCUAAAUAAUUCAACGUUAUCAGAUCAUCCCUUACUUUUUGAAGGGGAAAUUAACAAUCUUAAGAGUGAAAUCAAAGGUAGAUGGAAUUAUAAAGACGAGAUCUAGGAAAUGAGUGACGAAUUUCUUCUAGUAUUAGAGGAUGAUUAAAAAUGA